CUUUUUUUCCUAUUUUCUUAAUCGUGUAAGAAUUUCAAAUUCUUCGGUUUGCUUGUUCUGGGGACUUCAAAUUUACAGAUCUCCUCCAUUCUAUCUUAUUACCCUUUGUUUAUAUCUAGCCUCACCAAUUCCCUUAAAUAUAUAGGAUUCUCGUAGACGCACUUUUGCCCGUAUUCGGCACGGGUGCCGUACCUAUCAACUCCAGAUUUCGUCACAAGUCGUCAGCAGGAUGAAGUACGUUUUGGUCAGCGGCGGUGUCAUUAGUGGCAUUGGAAAAGGCAUCAUAGCAUCUUCUUCCGGACUUUUACUUAAGACAACUGGUCUUAAAGUUACGGCAAUUAAGAUUGACCCAUAUCUUAACGUAGAUGCCGGCACGCUAGGUCCCCUCGAACAUGGCGAAUGCUUUGUUCUCAAGGAUGGGGGCGAAUCCGAUCUCGACCUAGGAAACUAUGAACGUUAUCUCAAUCUCAAUCUUACCAACGAAAACAAUAUCACGACUGGCAAGAUCUACAAAGCCGUGAUUGAACGAGAACGGAAGGGUGACUACAUUGGCCGUACCGUUCAGGUCGUACCUCAUAUCACAGAUGCUAUUCAGGACUGGAUCCAGCGCGUAGCGAAGAUACCCGUCGAUGACAGUGGCGAAGAGCCCGAUGUCUGCAUUAUUGAACUAGGUGGUACCGUAGGCGAUAUUGAGAGCAUGCCCUUCGUCGAGGCAUUGACCCAAUUCAGAUACAAGGUCGGCAAAGGAAAUCUUGUCAAUAUCCAUGUGUCUUAUGUCCCCAUCAUACAUGGGGAAGAAAAAACAAAACCAACCCAGCACGCCAUCAAGCAGAUGCGAAGCGCAGGCUUAAUACCGGACUUAAUUGCUUGUCGCUGCGAACGUGCUCUUGACGAGGUUACGACCCAGAAGAUAGCCCGGAGCUGUCAAGUGGAGUUCAAGCAAGUUCUUACGGUUCGAGAUAUAGAAACUAUUUAUCAGGUACCACUUCUACUCGAAGAUCAGGGAUUACUUGACCGUUUACGAGAGGCCCUGAUGCUAGAUGAGCUAUCUCUCCCGUCAACAAUGAUCAACAAAGGUGAAAAUUUGUGGCAACUAUGGAAGAAGACUGUUGUUUCGAAACCAUAUCUAGAGCCCGUGAACAUCGCCCUGGUUGGCAAAUACAUUGCACUACCCGAUAGCUAUCUUUCCGUAAUCAAAGCGCUAGAACACUCAGCAAUGAGGUGCAAUCGGAAAUUGAACUUAGCUUGGAUUGACGCAGAGCAUUUGGAAGAUGCCACUUUACAGAGCGACCCCACCACUUAUCACAAGGCUUGGUCGCAACUAACCAUUGCUUCUGGAUGCAUCUGCCCAGGGGGAUUUGGCGGUAGAGGCGUUCCAGGGAUGGUCAAGGCAGCUAAAUGGGCUCGUGAAUGUAAAAUUCCUUACCUGGGUAUUUGCCUUGGAAUGCAAGUCGCCGUUAUUGAAGCCGCGCAAAAUCUCUGCGGCUAUAAGAAUGCAACCUCGGCAGAGUUUGACGCCCAGGCCGAGCAUCCGGUUAUCAUAUUCAUGCCGGAAGGAUCAAAGGAGAUAAUGGGUGGUACAAUGCGACUCGGCACGAAGACAACUCAUUUCCAACCCGGGAGUGAGUGGAGUAAGCUCCGGGCAUUAUACGGAGAUGUCGACGGGAUGGAUGAGCGACAUCGGCACCGUUACGAAGUUAACCCCGACUACGUGGAAGAGCUCGAGAAGGCCGGUCUCAAUUUCAUAGGAAAGGAUGAAACAGGCAAGCGUAUGGAGGUGGUUGAGUUGAAGGAACAUCCCUUCUUCGUUGGAGUUCAGGCACACCCCGAGUUUACUUCCCGUGUUCUGGGUCCCUCACCUACAUAUCUCGGCUUUAUAGCCGCCACUACGGGCUGCCUCGACCAGGUUAUACAGGAAAUCCGGCAACAGGGGCACACCGGUAAGCUUGUUAACGGAAUAGACGAGAGCGUCCAUUUCUGAAAAGAUAUAUGUUACAAGCCGACAAUGGACAUAUAUGAGACUUAUUAGACCAGGCAUAUUCCUUGUUCGGGGAGAAGAAGGGACUUUACCUGCCUUCUGGCUAUAGAGCUAAAGUGGAUAAUAAUUGCAUAUUUGGGUCAAACGUCUCGAAACUCGUACUCAAUUCGAGAUAGUUUUUGCUAACCUUAUUAUGCCUUUUAGCUAGUAAUGCAAAUAGGGAAUUAAUAAGUCAAAUCUAAUAAA